AAACUUUAAAAAGUAUUUAUCCGCAGGCAGAGCUACGAUCCACGAAGCUGCGCCUGCCGAAGAUGAAGAACUCUGUGGUCUCCCCUGCAAGGCCCUUUUCUAUCCUAACCCCAAUUCCCAGGAGCGACCUUCCUUCUUCGUUGCUGCUCUCCACAACCCGCCGUGGCUCUCCUCCACCACCGCGUCUUCGCGUCGCCGCUGCUGUCGCCUCCCCACCUGCGGCGGAUCUGGAAAGGAGGAAGCUCGAUCUCCUCCGAGCCGUUCAAGACACUCAGCGCGGCCUCUCCGCCACCGCCGACCAGCGCUCCGCCGUCGAGGAGGCCCUCGUGUCUGUCGAGGAGUACGACGCCGGCUCACCUGUGGUCCUCUCGAAGCUGGAUGGUACUUGGCGGCUCAACUACACCACUGCAUCUGACGUUCUCGUCCUAUUUGAAGCUGCGACUAGGCUUCCCUUCCUCCAGGUCGGGCAGAUCUUUCAGAAAUUUGAAUGCAAGGAUCGAUCAGACGGGGGGGUAGUCCGGAAUGUAGUACGCUGGAGUAUUUCUCCCCUCUUGGAGGAACUAGAAGGUGCAACUUUGGUAGUCUCUGCUAAAUUUUCACUCCUUUCUAAGCGCAAUAUAUUUCUUCAGUUUGAAGAGGUUGCUGUUGAAAACAUUAGAAUUAGUGAAGAACUACAAGCGUUGAUAGCUCCAGCUAUAUUCCCUCGUUCAUAUUUAAGUCUACAGAUAUUGCAGUUUAUACGGAGUUUUCGAACUCAAGUACCUGUAAGCGGUCCAGACAGCUUCCUUGCAGACGAUCCCCGGGAGGGUUGUACUACUUAUCAUACUUAGACCGUGAUAUGCUGCUAGGUCGUGCCGCUGGUGGUGGGGGUGUGUUUGUUUUUACACGGGCGCAACCUCUUAUAGUACAUUAGCUAGAGGUAGUUUGAAAAGAAAAACACAGAUAAAAGAACAGUGUUCAGCAAAGAGCCAAGGUAGCCAAUGGACUAUUCAGAAUGUCUAUAGCCUGGUAUAUCUGCAUAAAUUAUGGCCAGACAACGGCGAUACAUUUAAUGAAUCCAUCACAGGUUUACUCAUUGCCUUGGGUUUACUGGUGCCUCACUGUAUUUGUUAUCUUUUUUCUGCUUUGUAGCUGGAAAUAUAUGAUUCUUUUAUAAUUUCCAGAAAUGUAAUAUCAAAUCUCAAUUGUUUGUGAGAUUGAUGUUAUGCAGGGCUAACUGAAUAUCAACAUUUGACGACUGAUAUGUUUAAAUGAAGGCGACAAUUCAGGUCA